AUUCGCGCGCAAAGCCAUCAAUUUUUCCCAACAGUUUUUCAUCGUAUCGUCCCAUUCGGCCGGGAAGUAAAUUCGUUAGUUUCUUGAAAAAUCGUAGAAAAGAAAAAGAGAAAUUUUAAAAAUGUUCGAGGCACGUUUAACGCAAAGCGCGUCGAUCAAGAAGAUCCUCGACGCAAUCAAAGAUCUCCUAAACGAAGCCUCCUUCGAUUGCUCCGAAUCGGGCAUACAAUUACAGGCGAUGGACCAUUCUCACGUUUCUCUCGUUUCUUUAACGCUGAAAGCCGACGGAUUCGAUAAAUACAGAUGCGAUAGAAAUCUCACGAUGGGCAUGCAUUUGGGCAGUAUGUCGAAGAUCUUCAAAUGCUCAAGCAACGAUGACACAGUAACGAUAACGGCCCAAGACGAUGCGGAUACGGUUACUUUCACAUUCGAAGCGAAAAAACAGGAGAAAAUAUCCGAUUACGAGAUGAAACUGAUGAAUCUGGACCAAGAGCACCUCGGUAUACCCGACACGGACUUUUCUUGCGUGAUAAAAAUGCCUUCGGGAGAAUUCGCCAGAAUCGUAAAGGAUCUCUCUCAAUUCGGCGAGUCUAUUAUUAUCUCCUGUACGAAGGAGGGCGUUCGAUUCUCGACUUCUGGUGACAUCGGAAGCGCCAACGUGAAGAUAGCGCAAACGGCGAAUUUCGAAAAGGAAGAGGAAUCGGUUAUUAUUGAAAUGCAAGAGCCCGUUGUGCUCACUUUCGCUUGUCAAUAUUUAAAUUCUUUCACGAAAGCCACUCCACUAUCGAACGUCGUGCAACUUUCCAUGUCCGAUAACGUUCCAUUGGUAGUUGAAUAUCAAAUACCCGAUUUGGGACAUUUGAGGUUCUAUUUAGCGCCCAAAAUCGAAGAGGACGAAAAUUAGGAAUGCAAGUGUGUAAAUUGUUUUAAGUGCCUUUACUUUGUAAGUUUUAAACCCGUUUAAGUUUCGUUUGUACUCGUACAUCUUUUGUAUUCCACGUAAAUAAAUUACUUUUAUUAUACUAUAGGUAGUUUGUAUUUAUUUAAAUCCCAAAUACACUACGAAUUUUAAAUGUACAUAAAUAUAACUAAAUUAACAAUGAAAUAAUUAAAAAUUCUUAUUCCAAUUCUCCUGUUCCUCCCUUUCGCUAGCGACUUGCUUGACGAGAGGUGUUAGAUACAAUUUAUCGUCUUCGAGCUUCGUCCAUUGUUCUUUGGGUAAAUAGCUGUGAGUUAGGGACAAUUGGGUGGCUCUGAGCAAUCGGAAGUUUCUCUCGUCUUUGAUAUCUUGAGGGACUCUCUUCAGGGCCUCUUUUACAUCGUCGGUCUCGUCGAGAAGAUCGUCCCUCCACAGACCGUAUUUGUUGAAACCGGACAAGUUGUAAGCCCAUUUUUGGAAGGCGCUCGCCAUAAAGCGCUUUUGCACGAAACUUACGGCCAUUUUACUCGAUUUUCUACCCCGAUAUUUUUGCUAAAUAUCAGCUAAAAUCGCUUGUUAGAUAAUCGUAGGUUGUCACUUGUCUCAAAAACUGACAUAACCUGAUUGACAGUUUACAUGAAGGU